GAAGCGCAGCUUAAGCCAGAGGAGGCCCGAAGGCGCCUGGAGUGUACAGAUAACCCACAGAUUCUCCAGUGGAAGGCUCUGAGAACAAAGGAGAAAGAUGUUGCCAAGGCCAAAGCCCGGGGAGUCCGAAGCAGAUUUGUUGAAAUUUCAGAAUCAGUUCCUGGCAUCAAAAGCUUCUCCAGCAGUAAAGGUUGUAAAGAAGGCAGAUAAGAGAAGAGGGGAUGAGGGAAGUGGAGUUGAGGAGAGACUUCCACUGCAGCAUGACAGAGAUGUGGUGUCACUAGAUGACUUUCCUGAUGUGCCCCCAACUCUACCAGGUCCCUCAAAGAAACCCAAGUUCAGAAGUACACAUGUUCACUUUGAGGAUCCAGAGGAGCAGAUGGAUCAUGGUGAUCAACAUAUAACAGCGGUCCUCAGCAAAAUAAUUGAGCAUGACACAAGUGCAGGACGUGUGACCAUACCAUUGUCUACUGGAGAUCCAUUUCCCAGAGUUUUUCACAGAUCGGAAAUAAAAACGGAGGCAAAACCAGAAGCUGGAAGGAGAAGUAUUUUUUCUCAGAAGAUAGCUGCUAAGAGAGCAGCUGAAGUGGCUCAAGCAUCCCCUCGAGCUGGGCAGAAGGACACAGAACGGACAACUCCAGAUGCUCCCCCGCCUCCUGUGGCCUUGGAGGCACAGCUCUUAAGAACUGAAGAAGAAAACUCUGUUGGUACCUUGCAUACUCAGCAGCCUCGUAUUGUCACUGGUGAGGGCCUUGGAAGCCUGGCUGGUGAGCAGGAAGCCCAGAAGAUCCAUGAGGAGAACUUGGAGAGGCUGCAGUCUAUGUCCAAGGAAGAGAUACUGGAGGAGCAAAAGCGACUGCUGGCUCAGUUAGACCCCAAUUUAGUCACUUUCUUAAUGUCACGACGUGGUAUUGACACAAGUCAGAAAAGAGAUGAGAAAAUGGAAUUAGAGAAGCCAGAAAAGCUUGUGCAUUUGGAAACGUGGUCCAGAUCCCAGCAUGAGACUGAGGAAAUUGCAGAAGCUCCUUUCUUUCAGGAGCCAGCAAUGGAUGAUGAGCCAGACACAGAAGACUCCCAAAGGGCUGAAGCUUGCAUAAGAAUGAACGUCUCAGGUGGUGAUCUUCCUCUAAAACUUCAGAAAGAAUGGCUCCACAUGAAUAAUGUGGAGUUUGAGAAGCUGGCGUGGAUGAAGGAUCUUCCCCAUCCUCGGCAGAGGAAAACUAGAAAGGGGAUGCAAGCACGCUUCAGUCUGAAGGGGGAACUUAUCCCUCCAGAUAAAGACUUGCCUACAUAUCUGGGUCUGCACCACCAUGGAGAAGAAGCAGAGAGAGCUGGCUAUUCACUCCAAGAGCUCUUCCAUUUGUCUCGCAGCCAGGUUAUUCAACAAAGGACUCUGGCUUUGCUUGUGCUUGGUCAUGUUGUCCAGAAGGCCACAGCGGGGGAGUUUGCUUCACUGCUGAAGGGAAGUGUCCUCCGUGUACUGCUUGAUGCUGGCUUCCUCUUCUUGCUUCGUUUCUCCCUGGAUGAUACCGUGGAUAAUGUCGUUGCAGCUGCUGUCCACGCCCUCCAUGCACUCUUGGUCUCUCCAGAUGAUGAGGAGUGUCUUGACCUAACCUUCUCAUGGUACCAAGGUAUGGCUGUGCAUCCUUUCAUCCCAAACAAAGAGGAAGAAGAAGAGGUGGAGGAGGAAGAUGAAGAUAAUGACAAUGAACAGAUUGCAAUGGAAAAUAAAUCAGGAAGAAAAUCAAAGGAUGAGAACAAGCCAGACCCAGAAGUGGCACGAUAUGAUGUUAUAAAGGGACUUCUGAAGACCAAGAUUCUUCACCGCCUGAGAUACAUUCUGGAAGUCAUGAAGCCUGUUCCUUUGGUGGUCCUGGAGAUUCUAGAUAUUCUCAUCCGCAUAGCAAGGCACUCUACAGAAGUAUGCAAUCAGGUCCUUGAUUGCCCUCGUCUGAUUGAGACUGUUGUCAGAGAGUUCAUCCCUACCCAGUGGGAUCCAAGAGCAGCUGAACCGGGGCAAUUUCUUGCUAGUGUGUAUGGAGUUCCAUGUGCCACAGCUAUGAAGCUGAUUAGAGUCCUGGCCUCCGGAGGGAGGAAUGCAGCUGCCAGGCUGCUUAAUAAGCAUGAGAUGAAGAAUCGGCUGAGUCGAUUCGUAGCAGAAGAUCCCAAAGACCUGUCUUUGAUGAGAGAGGAGGCCAUAAGGCUGAGCACUGAAGCAUUCCGCUUGUGGGCUGUAGCAGCUGGCUAUGGUCAGGCCUGUGAUCUCUACAGGGAUCUCUAUCCUGUUCUGGUGAAGAUGAUCCCAUUCCUGUCCCACUUGGUGAAGAGCUCUGAAGAGAAUAAAUCUAUGUAUAACCUUUCUAUUGAGAGAGCCACAGCCAUAGUGACCUUGCUUUCUCAAAUAACGCAAACUGCAGGCUGCAGAGCAGAACUACAGGCCCAGCUCAGCAGGAGUGGCCCAGAAGAUGGAGAUCAGAUUCCUCCUCCACCAGUCUCCUGGACUCAGGUGUCAGGUUUCAGACCCCUCAUUGAAACUAAUUUGAAAAAAUGUCUGAAAGAAAUAUCUGAACUGGAUACCUGGGAGGCACUGCAGCCUCUUGCAACAACCUAUGUGAUCUACCUGGGGUUGUAUUACAACAACUGCAGUCAGCAGCCAUCAGUAAAUACUGUAGACUGCCUGGAGGAAGUGGAGCGUCUGACAUUUGAGGUGGUGUUGCCUUUGCUCAGCCAGCCAGCCAUGCAGACCCAGUGGGAAAUGCUCAGGCGGUGCUCAGUUCUGUGCAAUCCCUCAUCCUGUUCUCCAGGGCCAGAGUCUGUCCCCAGUAUCGUAUCUCUGAGUUGCACUGGAGGCAAGUCCCCAAUGAGUUUAGUGGGCUCAAAAUCGCCCUUUGCCUUUCUUACUGCCUUCCUUGUCCUUGUCAACAGCAUCACUCACAUCCAUAAGGGGCUGAUUGGCAAGUAUGCCUCUGUGCUAGAUGCAAAGGGUCUGAAUGACUACCUGCUCCAGAGUUGGACCACUGGGCCCCCUUCUGUAUUCCACUCCUCAGUGUGGCUCCUGCACCAUGAAUACCACCUGCAGUAUUUUGUGCUUUCGCUGGCUUGGAAAAUGUGGCAUUUCUCCAGUUGGUCCUCUGUGGAAUGUCAAGUAUCUGCAUUUCCCCACUUUCAAGUCCAACUUGCUGACUUCUUGGUAGAUCAUUCUAGUGAAGGCCAAGCAGGUGGACCAGAGGCUGCUGACUUCUCAGACAUCCUGCACCUCAGCUCAAGGGCAAAGCUGACACAGCCAGGCUCAGUGGCUUCCAUUUCUCCCCACCCCAGUCGCGGAGCCUUACUGAAAGAAGCAUACCAGCAUCUCCCAUUUAUCCAAGUUUGCUACCUCUCUCAUUUUGCUUACUUGGAGCCUGCACUUGCUCGUUCCAGAGAUGCGUAUCAAGGAAGAACUCACCUUAUCCAAUCCAUGCUUCUUCCUGAGGUCAGAGGACCCACCCUACCUUCUGAUUGGCCUUUCCUUCCACUUAUUAGCCUCUAUAACAAAGUGACCAGUGCAGAAACACAGUGGGCUGUUGUGAAACCUUUUCCUGUGGAUUUGGUGAACAUCAUGACCCGGAGCUUGCAGUGGGUCCUCCUCUUGGAGACUUGGAGACCCAGAAUCCUUCAGGGAAUCUCGGCUGCAGCUAAACUUGCGCGGCUUAUGUGUGUCUUCCUCACUGGCAGUGACUUGUUCUUGGAAGGUGCCGUCCAUUGCUACACAGCUGCUCUUCUCUCACUUUACUGUCGCAGCAAAGUCCUGGACUCCUUGAACUUGGAUGCUCCCCUCCCUGGUUUAGCUUCUUUCUAUGAUCUGUACAUCAACCUCCUGGAACAUUUUGAAGCUGUCUCCUUUGGAGACCCCCUCUUUGGGGUCUUUGUGCUUCUUCCUUUACAAAGACGGUUCAAUGUCCAACUAAGGCUGGCUGUCUUUGGAGAGCAUGUAAGCACCUUGCGGGCACUGGGAGUUCCACUACAGCAGUUUCCGGUGCCUUUGGAGCUGUACCUUUCCCCACCUGAGGACAAUCUGAAUCUUCUAAGGCAGUAUUUCCAGACACUGGUCACAGGUGUCUUGCGGCACAGCUGGUGCCCUGUGCUUUAUGUGGUUGCUGUGGCUCACGUGAACAGCUUCAUUUUCUCUCAGGAGAACACCACAAAGGAGAUUGAUGUUGCCCGAAGAAACAUGUUGCAGAAGAUCUGGCUCUUGGCAGAUGAGGCAUUAAAGAGACAUCUUCUCUACUACAAGUUACCCAACAAGGAAAGCCGAGUAGGUUUUGACCUUUAUGAACAGCUUCCUCCUAUUCGACUGAAGCACCUGCACACAGUGACUAAGAAGGAGCAUAAAGAGGGCACAUCACUGCCACAUUUGUAGUGAAGAAUCUUCAGGACUGGAUGGAGCAAUAAGGGGCCGUGCUGCUAAGCCAGUGGAAGAGCUUUGCAGUCUCCAUGGUGUUUUGCCUGAACAAACAGAAAGGAGUUUUCUUUGUGAACCUCUGUCUGGCCCAGCCUUUGUAGAACACGGAAUAUCUUCCCAUCACCAGGUAGCAAAAUUUCACAGUGGGAAAAAAAUGAAAGGAACCCGUGUAUGCUCCUGAGAGGGAACUCUGGCGAGUUAUUUUUGAUAAAUAAAAUUCCAUUGAAAAGCCUGUUGUUGGUAGGAUAUAUUGAUUUAUAACAUUGUAAGGGAGCUUGCCUUAGCCUACUCUUAUUAUUUUGUCAUCUGGGGCUGAAACAAUAGGCUGAUGCUUUCCCAUCUUAUAGCAGUAGAAUUGGCUGGAAGACUGAAAUGUUGAGGCUAGCCACGUCCAGGAAGGAGGAAGGUGAAUGUCUGAAAUGGUUCUUUGGAUAGCGAUUGGAGCAGUCUGCUAAGUCCUGCAGCUGUUCUGUGUCAGACAACUUCAGAAACUACAUUAGAAGUCUUCAUCUCCGCACCAAGCCACCUGCCUCUCUCCAUCUGUCGCUCUCGUUCUCUGUGUAUGAGGUUAUCCCCUUCCCUUUAUUUAACCUUAUUAUAUUGAAUGACGUUAUAUUUCACAUGACUGGAUUUUUGGCAACUACAACCACUCCCCAUAAGUUAAAGAAGAAUAAGUUUGUGGUUGGUUGGAAAUGCAAAGUGCAAGAAAUAAAACUUUCUGGAUCUGAAAGCACUGAAAGGGGUAUGAUCUCAGUUUCUGGGUAAGCCUCAGAGUAGGAUCCAAGAGACCCAGGUUGGAAUCUCCACUCUGCCAUGGAAGCUUGCUGGGUGGCUUUGGGUCACUCACA